AUGUCCUCAGACGAUAUACAGAUGUCGUCGGUGAACCACAAAGCCACAGCCCCCACAACCACAACUCCCACCCAACACAUGAAUACCGACUCUAGAGUCAACAAGCACACACGCCCCACCUCCACAUCUCAAAACCCUUCCCCACAGACGGCUGUGCCAAACACCACACAAACUCAAGAUGUUGCCACCACCAAUACCUCGAGCCCCUCCCCUAAUAAGUGCCUUAACAUAGAGCACAAAAACCAGCUAAACACCCCAGUGGCCACUGAUCAAUGGCAAUUCCUAUGCUCGAACGAUUCCACCACAGAGGUAUCAGUCAGUGGCAUCAGAACUCUGGAUAGCGGCUUCAAAAUUACAGCCACCCUACCAGGCGGGUUCCCCAUUCCACAACUCGGACAAUCCACCUGGCGCAACAUUUCACAAAUAUUGAAAGAUAAAUGGUGCCAGAAAGAGGGUGCAAAGGUGUGGGUCAGGACAUACAGGGCGAAACAUGAGAAUAACGCCCAAGGAACUGUAGCUAAACUCAAGGAUGCAAUAACCAAGAUUAUUGGCGACUCCGAUGCCACAGACCUCAUCGUCAGCACUCCCAUGGCAGCAGUUGAGCUCAUUGAACACCUGCCUCCCCCUUGGCAUUACCUUAUCUCUGGCAUUCCCACCGAAGCCAUCGAACGGCUCCUCCGCCUCCAACCUCUCCCCACCUAUGCGUUCACUCUGGAGAACUUUUCCUUCCCUGACUCCAAAACAACCAACAAAGAGAUCGCGGAAAUAGUGAAAGACACCAUCCGCUCGAACCUGGACGUCCUACAGUUCAUCCACGAGAAUAUACCAUUCCCCGACGCAGAAGCCACCCUACACACCACCGAAUCCAUUAAGGUCACAAGCCUCACCCUCGCCCACUCCAAAACUUUAAAGGAGACAGUCUGGAAUAUCUACUUCAACUCCCCGCUGGCAUUCACGCUCAAACAGUACUUCGACUGGACUAGUAUCCUACAAAGCUUCUUCUACAUUUUGGAAGACCAUGGCUACGGCACCGCACGCCACGAUGCUCAGUUCGUCUGCGUCGGCUGUGGUUCAGACCCUCCUCCUCAGAAGAUAACUCCAAUGUCACCCUCGACAACUGGAACACAUCCAGCCACGGCCAAGGGGCCUUUAACGGCAGCCCAAACCAUGGAGGCGGAAACAGAGGCCAACCAAGAGGUCAUAUGA